UCAUUGUUCGUGAUCUCUGGGUUGUUUCUGGAUUUUUGGUGCGGCUGAUUCUGGUCCCGAAGGAUCGUUUUUGGGCCAUUCUUCCUUCCUUUUGAAUCUGAGUUUGGGAUUAGGGUUUCGUGGUUAUUGAUGGAACCUCGUGUGGGGAACAAGUUUCGGCUCGGACGAAAGAUCGGUAGUGGUUCGUUUGGGGAGAUCUAUCUCGGUACUAAUAUUCAUACGAAUGAAGAAGUGGCUAUUAAGCUUGAAAGUGUGAAGACAAAACAUCCGCAGCUGCUCUAUGAAUCAAAGUUGUACAGGAUUCUACAAGGGGGAACUGGUGUUCCAAAUGUCAAAUGGUUUGGUGUUGAAGGGGACUAUAAUGUUUUGGUCAUGGAUCUACUCGGACCAAGUCUUGAAGAUCUCUUCAAUUUUUGUAGCAGGAAACUUUCCUUGAAGUCAGUCCUCAUGCUUGCUGAUCAAAUGAUCAACCGUGUUGAGUAUUUUCAUUCAAAAUCUUUCCUUCACCGAGAUCUCAAGCCAGACAAUUUCCUAAUGGGCCUUGGAAGGCGUGCAAACCAGGUAUACAUCAUUGACUUUGGUCUUGCUAAGAAGUACAGGGACAGUACAACACAUCAGCACAUUCCCUACAGGGAAAAUAAGAACCUGACAGGAACUGCGAGAUAUGCUAGUAUGAACACUCACUUGGGAAUUGAACAAAGCCGAAGGGAUGAUCUUGAGUCUCUUGGUUACAUCCUUAUGUAUUUCCUCAAAGGAAGUCUUCCAUGGCAAGGACUGAAAGCUGGAACCAAAAAACAAAAGUAUGAAAGGAUUAGCGAAAAGAAAGUUUCUACAUCCAUUGAGGCAUUAUGUCGUGGUUACCCGUCCGAAUUUGCAUCAUAUUUCCACUACUGUCGGUCGCUUCGUUUUGAUGAUAAACCAGAUUAUGCUUAUCUCAAAAGAAUAUUUCGAGAUCUCUUUAUCCGUGAAGGGUUUCAAUUUGAUUACGUGUUUGACUGGACAAUCUUGAAGUAUCAACAAUCACAACUAACAGCUCCCCCAUCUCGUGGCCUCAAUCCUGCUGUUGGAACUAGCGCCGCGUUGCCUCCGGGCAUUUCCAACAUCGAUAGAUACACAGGCGAGGAAGAAGGGCGACCGCACAUGGAAUCAUCUCGACGGAGAGUUUCAGGUGCUCUUGAGAACUCGGGGAAUAUUUCGAACCAACAGACAUCCUCAAGUGCUAGAGACUCCAUGAUCCCGAGCUCCUCGUUGUUUGCACAAUCAGCAGGAUCAUCGAGGAGAGUAACGGCGGUAAGUGGCAGCCGGGACAAUUAUCCAGGCAGCGAGGAGUUGUUGCAGAGAAGCCGUACAGGUGACGUCAGCCGUGGCGUGAUCCCCAGGAACUCUCCGGUGGAGGUUGGGAAGAGGUCUUCUUCCUCCACAAGAAGACACUACGAAUCAGCGGUUAAAGGCAUCGAUAAUCUUCAAGUCUCAGACGAACACCACCCCCACUGAAUUGAUACAUUAAUUGUACUACUAGGUCAAUGGACCUUUUAUUCCUUUUUCCUUUUAUUACACUACGGAAAUUUGAAAAUACAAUUUGAUUGAUCCA